AUGGGUGUGUCUUUCAGUCUUGUUCUCACGUCACUGUCGCUUGCAUCAUUUCUGUGGAAUAGCAUCUCAGAAGAUGACAGUCCUGUUACUUGGGCAUUGCAGGCUCUAGAUUCAUUUGGCAACGCAGCCACGGUGUUGCUCCUUUCGGGCAGCCACAGGUUGCCAGCUUUAAGCCAGCGAAUGUCCCGCCACGUACGCCCUGUGCAGCACAGAGCAGUGCCCGCAAAGGAGUGGAGUCCGGACUGGCAAGCCAAAGUUGAAGAGCUCUCAUUGCGGGGAAUGACCUUGCGCAGCCUUUUGCAAUUUUAUCAUGAAGACCUCCCUUCCGUGCAAGACUGGAUGUAUGUGCCCAAGGAACACAGAACCAGGGAUGUGGUCCGCAGGGUGAUCAUACCUUUCACUAGCAAAGAAGAAACUGCGUAUGCAGUCUCAGCUCUGAAUCGGGAUGGUGCUCAAAGGCCUGCCGUCAUGGUGAGCCACAAUUGGGGCAAUUGCUUCAAGGACUUGUUGGCCGCCGUCAUCUCCGAUGCUUUGGGGGAGAGCUGCUUCAAUUUGGUAGCUCAACUCCUGGAGGACGACUGCGACGUCCUAGCUGGGAUUUUGGCUAGAAGCAGUCGCUUAGAUGACAGAUACUGGAUUUGUGCAUUUGCAGUGAACCAGCACAUGAGCAUAUGCCACAGCAAUCCUUAUGACCGUGAUCCCCUGACGACUGAGCUGCAUCCCGUUUGCAAUUGCAAGUGUGUAAACAUCUCUGAUCCGGAUGGCCACAGUGCACCUUCGGAGAUCAACAAGUUUGACGAGAUGAUGUCCCACCUUGCAAACACAGGAGGCUGCAGGCAAGUCAUUGCGGUGGACCGGUCUUUUGAUUUGUUUUCGCGUGCCUGGUGCGUGGCGGAAAUUGCAGAAGGCAGGCGUCUGCAUAUGAGUCAAUCAUUAAAGCUUGCCUCCAAGGCAAUUAUCCAGCAACGCGCGCGGAGUUUGGGGAAAUUGGACGUCCGGAACAUGCGCGCAUCUUCCGAGACAGACAAAGAACUCAUACUCAACAAGAUCAAAAACCAGCGGAGCAAAAACAUCGACGAUUUUAAUGUUGAACUGCAGUCGUUGAUCUUCGACCCGGAGUCAGGCCUCAUGGCAACCUGGCAUGCCAUGGACAGCCUGCAGCAAAUGGGAGAAGUGGGGCGACUAAUUCGAUGGGGUCUUGCUGAUGCAGGAACUGGCAAAGUGUGGAGAGCAUGGGAAACUUGUGAGUGA